UACAUAAGGUGAUUUCUCCAAUGAUGUAUUAUAUUUGCUUUGCUGUUGCUCGUUUUCAUUGUUUGGGUUGAGUAUCAUAACACGAUUCGUAAAUAUUAUUGAAUUGAAUUUGAGCUACUUUGCUUGAUGUGUCAAUCCAUCGCACGAAGUUUAAUCGUUCGCUACAUUUGAACUGUGAAAGAUGGAAUCCACUGCCGUUAGAGUAAAAGAGGAACCUCUUGAUGUAUCCUUCACUGAAGACAUUGAUUCAGUAAUUGACAACCCAGCCGAUACCAAACAUUUCCUGAACUUGAGGUCUCUGCGAGAAAAUCCCGCUUACAUAUCUCAAGAAUGUCGCGACAAUCACGAAUGUGAACCCAGUGAAAGUAUGGAAAUAGUUUUUGAGUGUAAAGACGCAAAGCCGAGCAUCAAUUUAUUGCCGGUUAAAAAAUUUGACGAUGAUUUUCCGAAUUACUCGGAAAGUAUAAUAAAUAGCAAUGAUUAUCAAGUGCAAAACAUAAUCAAAACAGAAACAGUACGAGAAGUAAAGAAAGAAAUUUUCGAUGCAGAAGAAUCAAAUUUUAAUUUUGAUCGUGAGUCAGGCUUGCAAAAUGAAAAAAGAAGAAUUACAAAAAAGUCUAACCAUGAAGAUGGACUAAAAACCCAAUUGAAUACGGUGAAUAAUAAAAUAACUUUUACAUGUGAUAUUUGCAAGAAAAAAUUCGCAAAUAAGAGUCAUCUUAAAACUCACAUCGAUUCGGUGCAUCAUAAAAUAACCCAUGCAUGUGAUAUGUGCCCGAAGACAUUCACACUAAAGUGUAAUCUCAAAAGUCACAUCGAUUCGGUACAUCAUAAAAUAACCCAUGCAUGUGAUAUGUGCCCGAGGACAUUCACGCAAAAGGGUAAUCUCAAAUCACACAUUGACGCGAUUCACAAGGGUGUCUCUCAAUCAUGCGACGUUUGCGAAAAAAUAUUCCGAUACAAGAAUGAUCUCAAAAGGCAUAUGGAUGGAGUGCAUAAGGGUAUCAACCACACUUGUGAAACAUGUGGAAAGUCAUUUAUGCAUAAACAUCAUCUCAAAAGCCACAUCGAUGUUAUACAUAAUAAAAUCACACAUGCAUGCGACGUAUGCGGAAAGAAGUACUCACAGAAGAAAAAUCUCAAGAAACACAUCGAUUCAGUGCACAAUGGUGUCAAACAUGAAUGUGAUAUUUGUGGAAAGACAUUUAAAUCGAAGGAUUAUCUUAAAAUCCACAUCGAGGCGGUUCACAAUGGUAUCACUCAUGCAUGUGAUAUAUGCGACAAAAAAUGUUUAUCGAAUGAUUAUCUUAAAAAACACAUCGAUGUGGUGCACAAUAAAAUUACACAUGUAUGCGAUGUUUGCGGAAAAGUAUACCGAUACAAGAGAGAUUUAAAAGGGCAUAUGGAUGGAGUGCAUAAGGGUAUCAACCACACUUGUGAAACAUGUGGAAAGUCAUUUACGCAUAAACAUAAUCUCAAAAGCCACAUCGAUUUUAUACAUAAUAAAAUCACUCAUACAUGCGACGUAUGCGGAAAGAAGUACUCACAGAAGAACGAUCUCAAGAGACACAUCAGUUCAGUGCACAAUGGUGUCAAACAUGAAUGUGUUAUUUGUGGAAAGACGUUUAAAUGGAAGGCUUCUCUUAAAAUCCAUAUCGACGCGGUUCACAAUAAAAUUACACAUGCAUGUAAUACGUGUGGAAAAAAAUUCGGAAAAAAAAGUAAUCUGAGAGUCCACAUACAGGCGGUACAUAACGGUAUUACCCAUCAAUGUGAUGUUUGCGGAAAAGUAUUUUCAUUCAAAAAUAAUCUCUCUUGUCACGUUAGAUCAGCGCAUAUUGGUACAGCCGUAGCAGGUGAUACUUAAAUUAAGACAUUUAGACGAAAAGGUUAUCAUGAAACCUAGA